AUGGUCAGCGGCGCAGGAAGGUCACAGGAAGGUCUUGCAGGUGGGAGCAGGAGACGGACCGCGAUGAUCUCUCCCAGUGUACACACAGAGAACCUCGGACGCGGCGACAACGGGGCAGCCUCCAGCCAUGAUCUUGAAAGAAGCAGCCGAGACUGGCGACGUGGCGGCCCUCGCCGCGCACCAAAAGGCCGGGGCCGAUUUGGGCGCCACACUGGACGAGAACGGAUGGACAACGGCGCACUUUGCCGCAGACAAAGGCCACGCCGAGGCUCUGAAAUUCCUCCACGAGGUUGGCGUCAACCUCACUGCGACGACCAACGAAUGGAAAGCGAAGACGCCGGCCAGAUUGGCAGCCCUAGGAGGGCACGUGAAGGCGCUGGAGGCACUGCGCCAGGCCAGCUAGGGCGAAGUCCUCGACUGAGAAGUUGCACAUCCAACACAGACCCUGAAAAAUUGCACAUUAUAUUUCUUGAAGCUCCACUCUUGAAACGUAUGCUAGAGGUACAUCCCAAAAACUCUUCUGUACUCAUUCAGGCCUCUACAUACUCGAGCCGGUGCCGAGUUGAGGUUGGGGUUUUCGAGAAUUUUGAUGCGAAGCUGAGCAGUGGCAAUUGGACCGCAGCGCACUACGCCGCGAUGUCUGGCCAAGCGGCAGAGCUCGAGUUUUUGCAGGAGGCCGGCGCCGACCUGCAAGCCUCAAACUGGCAAGGAUGCACCCCGCUGCACUUGGCUGCAUACUUUGGCAAGGUGGAGGCGCUGCGCGUUCUGAUCGAGGCCGGCGUCAACCGAAAUCCUCUUGACGAGGCCGGAAACACGCCAACCGAUGAUGCCGCCCGAAAGGGCCAUCUCGAAGCAUUCAAGCUGCUCCUCCAGGCCGGAGAAACUCGUGAGGCCGAGAUCCUGCCGUGGUUGUAG